CUGGGUUUAGAAAUCGUAACCUCUUUAAAUUGAAAACGAAAGUGAUGUCCGACAUUUUGAAAGGUGGGAAGUAAGAGAGUUGGAGAUUCGGGAUUUGAGCCUGUCGGUGGAACAGAAAUGGACUCGGAUUCAGAAGUGGAGAGAAUCCUACAGGGGAGCCGGAAUCAGGAGAGACCUCCCUCUAGCUAUGGAUCCAUGAAGAGUGAUGAAGAGGAGGAAGAGGACGAGAACAUCACAGAGGCUCAGAGCUCGUUUGGCAAACCGGAACUACCUACCUUCACUACACAUACAGGGGUCCAGCUGUUCCCCAACGUGGAUACAGAGACAGUCUUCACUGAGAUCACACAGCAGCAGUCUGUCAGCAAGCAGCCCCGAGAGGGAGUCUUUGACUCAGAGAGAUAUGUAGAGGAGGAGGAGGAGGAGGAGGAGGAGGAAGAAAGGGAUGAAAGCAGCCCCAUCCAGGUAGACUCCCCUGAGCCCUCGCCCCCCGUCGAGCAUGAGGACCAAUCACAGGAAGAGGGCGAUGAUGAACAACAGCCAGGCCCGUUGCAUCCUGAAAUCGACCUGCCUUACAUAUUCAAGUCCAUGCAGAGUUCUCUGACAUCACUGGAAGGUCAUGAGUUAGACCUGUUUAAGCGGUAUCUGUGUGGGCGCCACCCCUCCUUCACCAUGGCUGACCUGAAGGAGGGUGAUACGCUGGACCUAGUGGAUAAGAUGCUGGAGCGCUUCGGUAAACUGCAAGGCCUGCGGGAGGCGAUCCGCAUGCUGGAGAGCAUGAAGAAAUCCGAGCUGGCCCAGGAACUAGAGAAUAAGUGCAAGAGAGCUGUGAUCCAGUAUGAGUUGAAGUGUGGUCUGAUCCGGAGACACAACUGUAUCUUUGAGGGUGUUCCCCGGGCGGGCCAGCAUCUGUACCUGAAGUACGUCUACGUUGAACCCCAAAUCUCCACCCAAGGUCACGGCGGGGUCAACCCCCUGCACGGGAUCCGGUCCGAUCCCCCCAAACCUCCCCAGGUCGCCUCCCCAGACAGCAUGAUUGGUGGGAAUAACAUAUUCCGUCUCCGGUCAAUUAAUGGGUCUCCAGUGCGGUGCGUUCUGACCACGGGGGUGCCCGGAAUCGGAAACUCUGUGGCGGUCCAGAAGUUCAUGCUGGAUUGGGCAGAGGAACGGGCUAAUUUCGACAUUCAGUUUGUGUUCCCGUUUCCAUUCCGGGAGAUGCAGUCUCUGAGGGAGCGGAACAGAGUUGAGAAGAAGGACAUCAGUAUGUUGGAGCUGCUGCAGACAUACCACAAUGAGACACGCUCCAUGGACUUUCUGGAGCAGCCAGACUGCAAGGUGCUGUUUGUCAUGGACGGGAUUGACAUUUACAAAGGAAAUCUCGACUUCAAGAACACUCCUGUUGUGACUGACAUUAAGGCUGUUAUUCCCCUGGACUCUCUGUUGGUGAAUCUGAUCCGAGGCGCUCUGCUGCCCCACGCCCUCUUGUGGCUGACUGGGAGACGUGCAGCUACCACACAGAUACCUCCUGAGUACAUCCACCGUGUCGCUGAGAUACAGGGCUACAGUGACGAGCAGAAGGAUGACUAUCUGACCAUGCGUUACUCAGACAAGUCUCUGGCUGAUAAGAUCCUCAGACACACCAAGAACUCCCCCACCAUCUACACCCUGUGUCACAUUCCCUUCUGCUGCUGGAUGGUUGCCAUGGUGUAUGAGAGGGGUUUCCGUAACCAUGACAACUACGGAGAUGAGCCCCCCAAGAUAACGUCCUUCUUCAUCCACUACAUGAUCAUCCAGAACAACCGCAAGCUGGAGAAAUACUGUGGGCAAAACCCCAACUCACAGAAAUGGACGGAAAUGGACCAAGUGUUCAUGUUGAAGCUGGGUCACCUGGCUCUGAAGCUGUUGGAUAAUAACCGCUCGGUGUUCUAUGAAGAGGACCUGAACGAGUACAAACUGCCGGUGAGCGAGGUGGCCUGUUUUUCGGGCCUGUGCACUGAGCUGCCCAGGGCAAAUCCCAAAGACAAGCGGGUCUUCUGCUUCACACACCUGAGCUUCCUGGAGUUCAUGGCUGCACAUUAUGUAUGGCUCACCUUCCGCCUGGAGGAGCGGAACGUUCUAGACCAGUCCUACCGCGUCCCCAAGCUGUUCAAGGAGCACUCUCUGGUGGACUUGUACCGCAAAGCCAUUGACCGUUACCUCAGCGCUCCUGUCGGCCAGUACGACCUGUUCCUGCGCUUCCUGUGCGGCCUGUCCAUGACGCUCAAUGACGGUCUGCUCCGAGGGAUGCUGUUCCCCCAUAACGCCCCUCCGCUGAAAGGUCUGGAGGACGUGGUCAGGCUGCUGACCAAGAGGAAGGACAGUGCAGGGCAAGAGAGACAGGCCAACCUUAGUGAAUGCCUCAGGGAGCUGAAAGAGUCUGAGGACUGAAAAGUCUCAUGCUGUUAGCAAACAUGUUUGAUCAUUUGUUUUUAAUGCAACCAAAGUAUCGGUGUAGUCUCUGUGCCCCGCUAAAGGCAAAGCAAUUGACUUUCAGUCUGUCCCAUCCAACUAGCAGACAGAGAGAGAUGGAGAGAUAAGGGAGAAAUCACAAAUGUGUCUUACCAAAAAUAGUUAUAAUCAUUAUUGUGUCUGAACAAACUCAGUGACUGUGCCUAGUCUGUUGUAAGGACUAAUAUAUAACCCAUUAACUACCAGUCAAGAUAAAGACCAAGGUUCUUGCUAGCCUUGUGUUGCCGUACAGCCUGUUCAUCCUCUACUCAACAAGAUGACGACACACUGGAGGACGGACGGAUGCACGCUCUGAGACCGUACUGACCCUAGUAGCAGAAUCCAUUAUUUAUUGCUUCUCCAUCACUGACACUAGCCAGCACACGUCUCUAGUUGUAGUACAGGCAGAAUCAGGUAUUUAGUUAACAUUUUCAUGAUUUGUUUAACAUAAACUUGAUGGAAAGGGAGUACUUGUAUUGAUUUUGUUUAUGUGCACACCUUUAUGAGUGUUUAAAUUACAUUACAUGUGUAUCUGUGUCUAUUAUGUAGUUUGUGUAUUGGGGUGAAGGGUGUACAGUAGAGAUGGGCGAAAUGGGGAAAAAAAUCCAUAUCACACUAAUUGGCUGAAUUAUCAUGAUAAAUUGAAAGAUGUUUA